GGGACACUGAGUUUGCGCAGACGCAGAGCUUCCCCAAGGCGGAACUGGGGCGACCGGGACUUCUGCAACCUAAACACCCGGGGAGAAAGGAAGGUGGCAGACGUGCAGCGCUGCGCAUGCGCGGGCGCCUCUCUCCGGUGAAGGGUUGAGAACCGGAACGCGGUGGCCAGCUGGGCUCAGAGCGGAGCGGCGUCAGGAUGGACGAGGACGUGCUGACCACCCUGAAGAUCCUCAUCAUCGGCGAGAGUGGCGUGGGCAAGUCUAGCCUGCUCUUGAGGUUCACAGAUGAUACUUUUGAUCCAGAACUUGCCGCAACGAUAGGUGUUGACUUUAAGGUGAAAACAAUUUCAGUGGAUGGAAAUAAGGCUAAACUUGCAAUCUGGGAUACUGCUGGUCAAGAGAGGUUCAGAACAUUAACUCCCAGCUAUUACAGAGGCGCGCAGGGUGUUAUAUUAGUUUAUGAUGUCACAAGAAGAGAUACCUUUGUUAAAUUGGAUAAUUGGUUAAAUGAAUUGGAAACAUACUGCACGAGAAAUGACAUAGUAAACAUGCUAGUUGGAAACAAAAUUGAUAAGGAAAAUCGUGAAGUUGAUAGAAACGAAGGCCUGAAAUUUGCACGAAAGCAUUCCAUGUUAUUUAUAGAGGCAAGUGCAAAAACCUGUGAUGGUGUACAGUGUGCCUUUGAGGAACUUGUUGAAAAGAUCAUUCAGACGCCUGGACUGUGGGAAAGUGAGAACCAGAAUAAAGGAGUCAAACUGACACACAGGGAAGAAGGCCCUGGAGGAGGAGCCUGUGGUGGUUACUGCUCUAUGUUAUAAACUCUGGGAAACUCCAUCUCUUGCAUAUUUGAUCAGAUAGUGACAUCUUUCUGUAUAUAAACUCUAACUGCUAUUUUAGGGACCUUGCAGUUUGCACAUAUUUGUUUUGUAUCAUGGCAGUAAAUAUUUGCAAGAAAUCCCACUCAUCAGCUUUCCCAGGUACAAUGUUAUGGUAAGCAUGCGCAGUUUGCAGUCCACAUUUUUUUAUGUAACAUAAAAUAGGUGUACUUUUUAAAGUACAUUUGAUUUUAUGAUUUACAUUUAUCAUGUGAUUAAAAAAUCCACCUAUCUAGUCUAUGUUGAUACAAGGUCUACUUUUGGUCUCCUCUUUGCUUAACUACUCCUAUCAAUUACUGAAUUAAUUGGUAUGUAGAACUCCCAGAACCACUGGGAGAUAUUCAGGUAUCAUCAAACCUGGCAGAUUUCCUUUCAGGAAUAACAUAGAGCAUGAUUCCACAGCUUUUGUAGGAUGUUUGCUGACAGAUUCUCUUUUAGUACUAAGCAAAAUUCUCUACAGGAUGCAGUUCAGGCCAAUUUAUAAUUAAAUCUCUGUUUGUUCUGAUGCUGCUUCUAAAACAGCAUUGAUGUGUUAAGAAGUUUGGUCUUACUUUUGAAUUUUCUUCAAUGAGUAGCACAGUUGUUAACUGGAGUUUUAACUCUGUGACAUGUACAUUGGACUCUGACCCUUUGCGCAGCGUUUUUAGUUAUGUGGUGUUUGGCAGAAUGGCAAUAAGGUUUUCCCCCAUUUUGGUUUUGGAAGGACAAGAAUAGUGUGUUUAUGUAACCCAUGUAGUACUUACCACUUUAAAAACCAACACCUUUUUCCAUAAAUGUUGGUGGCGUUUGUCCGGGUAUGUCCGUUGUAGCUUGUGUAAUGUUUACGAACAUCUGUAUCUUAUGACUUCCCUAAAUGGCUAGUUGAUAUUCAGAAACCUAUAUCUGUGUUUUGAGGGUUGGGAAAAAUAGAACACUAAAUGACAAUAUGAGAAAGACGUAUUGCUUCCAGAUUUUGAUGUGUGUGGGAAAAUACUGUUGCAUUGAAAAUCUUGGUAAUUUACUGUAACAAGUAGCCAAUAGUUUAUCAAAACCAACUUGUACAGACUAAUAAAUCUUUUCCACAGUAUUCACUUUUCUAACCUCUUGCUAUUAUAUAUUACAUAUUUUUUUUUACUCGUAUGUUACUUAAUUUACAUUGAUACUGGCUAUAUGAAGCCCCCAAGUAAGUUAUUUGUCCUUUCAGGCAGGUUACCAUGAUAGCCUUCAGUAAGAUUUCUGAUACUAAUUUCUGGGCAGUUCGUUCUUUGUAUACGUUGCAAAUGAUAGACUUUUUCUGGGUCACCUUUGCAAUAACUUGUGGUAGUGGGUUUACUUCAAAUUGGGUCCUUUAUGAACUGUACAUCUCCCACGUAAGAAAACCUUGCAUUCUACUUGGUUCACGCUUGUGAGACUACAUGUGAUUAAAGGUUUUAUACAUUAUCUAUGUAUUCACUAAAUAUAAAGCAUUACUGUUGGAGAAAGGUAGCUAACACAUGUUCUUACGAUUUGUGUUACAUUAAAGCUGUAGAUUUGUAUAUUUAUGUUGUGUCUGUAUUGACAAGACAUUUAUUUCUGUUUAUUGCUUUUUGCUCCUUGAGCUAUAUAAUAAUCUUUUUGUGCAUUGGAUUGUUGUGUCGAUUUGGUCAAAAUUUGGAUACAUAUGAGUCACUUUUAAAAAACUAAUUUUGUUUGAUAGAUUUAUAUUGUAACCUUUUAUAGUUUUCGAAAUAAAUAUAGCCUGCUUUCCCUAGAUG